GAUUCAAUACGACUGGAGGAGAAACAGACGGAGAGUCGCCUUAUUGUGAAUUUAAACCUCGUCUCCUCCCUUCUGCCUGUCUCUCUCUCUUUCUCUCUCUCUUUCUCUCUCUCUGUCUCUCUCUCUCUGUCUCUCUCUCUGUCUCUCUCUCUCUGUCUCUCUUUCUCUCUCUAACACUGUAACGACUGAGCAUGCAGCAGCAGGCCGGAUAGACCACAGGCGACUCUCUCCAUCCGAAAGAGAGAGAGACAGUUAGAGAGAGACAGUUAGAGAGGAGGACGGAGGGGAAACUCUCACCAUGUUGAGUGUGAUUUGUUUCAUACGCAGCUUCUUUGAGACUCCAGCUGUCCAGGGCUUCGUUGCACAUUCUACUCAUCCAGAAGAUGUCGACUCUCUCCAGGAGAAGAGCGCAGAAAGUGGAGAUGUUUGGCGUGAACCAGCCCUGGAAGAAGCUCAGGACAUGACGGAGGAGUAUUUUGAGACGCGCUCGUGGAACAGCGACACUUUCUCAGAUUGUGCUGGAGAUCAUAGGAGCUUCUCUAAACACUCCCCUGGCCUCAGAAAGCAGGACUCAGAAGGUCAGCAUGCAGUUGUUGAUGGUCCACAGAUGAACACAGAUGGAGAGGAACUCAUGGUACCAUUGGGAAGUGAGUGCAGCUUGAUGAAUUUGGACUCGGAUUUAGGAUGUGCAGUUCUUGAGGAAACUGGAUUUUCUUCUCUCUCACGUACUUGCAUGUUUGACACACCAAAAGACUCGCAACUUUUCACAACUUCUGAAGAACUCAUGGUACAAGUAGAAGACAGCUGCAGUGCAGAGAUUUUAGAUGAUUCAGGGUGUGAUGGAGCUGCAAAUCGGACGUCAUCUGAGGAAGCUGGACUUCCGUCCAUCCUGCAGUCCAACACAGCAUCAAAAGGGUUGACAGAUUCAGAUUUAGUUGUUGCAAGCAGAGAUCUUGUGGAUAUUUCAUCUUCUAAAUGCCUCAGAAAGCUGGACUCUUCUUAUUCAGAAAGAAAGAAUGAUGUUCUUGAGAUUAACACUGGUGAAGAGCAACUCAUGGCACUAUUAGCGAAUGACUCCAGUGUAAUGAUUUCAGAUGAUUCAGGGCAUCAUUCAUCACUUGAGAUCAUGUCAGAGGAAGCUGGACUUCCUUCCAUUUCUCAGGUUACGUCUGAAGAAACACUUACACUGACUGACAGAAGCGAAGUAGCACAUCAGUUAGAACAAACUCCUGAUUUAAGCACAGAUCAUGGGAACCUUUCUUCUCCUAAAAGCACUCCUGACCUCAGAAAUCUUGAUUCAGGGUGCGAUGAAGUUCUAAAUGGUUCAUCUCUUCAGGAAGCUGGACUUCCUUCCAUCUCUCAGGCUAGUGUAUCUGUCCAAAAUUUGAUAGAUUCCCAACUUUUCACAAUUCCCAAAGAGAAACCUGAAAUGAUCUACAGACGUACAUCAGCACCAGAGUUAAACAACACUUCAGAUUUCACUGUUGCAAGCAGUCACGGAGAUCAUGGGAUCUUUCCUUCUCCUAAAAGCUCUCCUGACCUCAGAAAUCUGGACUCUUCUUACUCAGAAGGAAAGAACAAUGGUCUGGAGAUGAGCAUGGAUGGAGAGCAGCUCAUGGUACCACUGGCUAAUGAGUGCAGUGUAGUAACUUCAGAUGAUGUAGAGAAUGCAGAAAUUGUUAAUCGAUUAUCUCCUGAGGAAGCUGGACUUCCUUCCAUUUCUCAAGCUAGCAUGUCCAACACAGAUUCAAUCAAUUCACAACUUUUCACAGUGUUUACACAGACACUAAGACUCACUGACCGAAGUGAAGCAGAACCCCAAUCAGAAAACAUUUCUGAUUUAGACCAUGUGGACUUUUCUUCUCCUAAACACUUUACUGACCUCAAAAACCUGGACUCUUCUCAUUCAGAAAGAAAGAGUGAUGGUCUGGAGAUGAAAGAGGAAGGAGAGGAACUCAUGAAACCCCUGGUAGGUAGCUCCAAUGCAAUUAUUCUAGAUGAUUCAGAGUGUGAUGAAGUUUUAAAUGGUUCAUCUCUUGAGGAAGCUGGACUUUCUUCCAUCUCACAAGCUAGCGUGUCAUCAAAAAACUUGACAGAUUCACAACUUUUGACACCUUCUAAAGAGACACUUACACUGAGUGACAGAUGUGAAGCAGCACCUCAGUUAGACAACGCUCCAGAUUUAGAUAUUACAAACAUUUCUUCUCCUAAACACUCUCCUGUCCUUGCAAGCAUGGAGUCUUCUCAAACAGAAGAAAAGAUCGAUGGUCUGGAGAUGAACAUGGAUGUAGAGCAACUCAUGGAACCAUUGGCAAAGGAGUGCAGUGUGAUUAUUCUUGAUGAUAAUGCUGCUGAUGGUUCAUCUAUUAAGAUCUUCUCCAAGGAAGCUGGACUACCUUCCAUCUCUGAGGCUUGCAUAUCCAACCCAGAUUUGAUGGAGUCACAAUUUUUUCCAACUUCCGUAGAGACACCUGAGCUCACCUACAGAAGUGAAGCAGCUCCCCGGUUAGAAAACAUUUCAAAUUUAGUUGUUGCAAACAAAGAUAAAAUGGAUUAUUGUUCUCCUAAAUGUUCUCCUGAUCCCAGAAACCUGGAAAACCUGGAGUCAUCUCAUUCAGAAAUGAAGAAUGAUGGUCAGCAGAUGAACAGUGAUGGAGUGCAACACAAAGUGCAAUUGGAAAACAGUGCAGAAGAGGUCAGUGCAGUGAUUUUAGAUGAUUCAGGAGAUGAUGAAGCUGCAAAUUGGUCAUCUCUUGAGGAAGCUGUACUUCCUUCCAUCUUGCACAGCAACACAGCAUCAAAAGACUUGACAGAUUCAGAACUUUUUACAACUGAAGAUACACUUACAUCUACUGACCAAAGUGACACAGUGCUCCAGUUAGACAACACAUCAGAAUCAGGUGUUCCAAGCAGAGAUCUUGUAGAAUGUUCUUCUCCUGACCACAGAAAUCUGGAUUUAUCUCAUUUAGAAAUAAAGAAUGAUAGUGUUCAAUUAAAAACAGACACAGAUGAACUCGUAGUACCAUUGAGAGCCAACUGCUAUGCAGUGAUUUUAGAUCAUUUAUCCUGUGAUGAAAUUGUGAAUCCAUCAUUGCUCGAGAUCUUGUCCAAGGAAGCUGGACUUCCCUUCAUCUCCCAGGCCAGCAUGUCUGAUACAGAUUUAAUUACUGACCAAACAGAAGCUGUGGCCCAGCUAGACAACAGAUCCGAUCUAGGUGCUGCAUGUAAAUAUCAACUUGAUUUUCCUUCUCCUAAAAGCUCUCCUGACCUCAGAAAUCUGGAUUCUUCUCAUUCAGAAGGAAAGAACAAUGGUCUGGAGAUGAGCAUGGAUGGAGAGCAGCUCAUGGUACCACUGGCUAACGAGUGCAUUGUAGUAACUUCAGAUGAUCUAGAGAAUGCAGAAAUUGUUAAUCGAUUAUCUCCUAAGGAAGCUGGACUUCCUUCCAUUUCUCAAGCUAGCAUGUCCACCACAGAUUCAAUCAAUUCACAACUUUUCACAGCGUUUACACAGACACUAAGACUCACUGACCGAAGUGAAGCAGAACCCCAAUCAGAAAACAUUUCUGAUUUAAACCAUGUGGACAUUUCUUCUCCUAAACACUUUACUGACCUCAGAAACCUGAACUCUUCUCAUUCAGAAAGAAAGAUUGAUGGUCUGGAGAUGAAAGUGGAAGGAGAAGAACUCAUGGAACCCCUGGCAGAUGGCUCCAAUGCAAUUAUUCUAGAUGAUUCAGAGUGUGAUGAAGUUUUAAAUGGUUCAUCUCUUGAGGAAGCUGGACUUUCUUCUAUCUCACAAGCUAGCGAGUCUGAUACAAUAUCAAAAAACCUGACUUUUGAGGAGACACAUACACUGACAGACAAAAGGGAAGCACCAUCUCAGUUAGGCAACAGUUCUAAUUUAGAUGGUUCGAGCACAGAUCAUGGGAACUUACCUUCUCCUAAAAGCUCUCCUGACUUCAGAAAUCUUAACACGUCUUAUUCUGAAAGAAAUAGAACUGAUAAAGAGGAACUCGUGGUACUACUGGCAAAUGACUGCAAUUUAGUAGAUGAUGUAGAGAGUGCAGAAAUUGAUCAUCCAUUAUCUCCUGAGGAAGCUGGACUUCUUUCACAGAACGAUGGUCUGGAGAAGAACAAAGAUGGAGAGGAGCUCAUUGUACCCCUGGACUCCAGUGCAAUGGUAUUAGAUGAUUCAGAGCAGGAUGAAGUUCUAAAUCGUCCUUCUUCUGAGGUAGCUGGACUUCUUUCUAUCAUACAGGCUAGCACGUCCAACACAAAUUUGAUCAGUUCACAAAUUUUUACAACUUCUAAACACACUCUUGCACCACCAGAUGGAAGUGAAGCAGAGCCUUAUUUAGAGAAUGCAUCUGAUUCAACUGGUGCAAGUAGAAAUGAAGAACAAUCAGGUAAUAUAAGUAAAAUGGAGAAUCCCACUGUUUCUGAAAUGUCUUUAGUAUCACAAAUAAUGAUAAACACAAAUAAGGUAGAACCUCUGGGACAGAUUUAUGAAGCUGGGGUCAAACCUUCUGAGGUCAAUAGUAACAUAUUUGUGGAUUCAUUAAUGGACAUAUGUCCUUGUGACAGCUCAAGGCUUCAACCUGAAGGUGUAACAUCAAUCCAAAAAGAUCAGGGACAAUUUUCAAUUCCAAACAUCAUCAAAGAGAACUUAUUAGAAAGUUCUGCUAUUAAAGACUGUGAUUAUUAUUCAGUAGAGGAAGGUUCCUCAAGUCCACUGUAUGCUAACAGUUUUAUUUCAGAGUCUAACGUUCCAAUGGACGAUGAACAAACUUUGGAUUUGGAUUUGGACAUUGAUCAAACUGAAAGACGGUCUAAUGAUUUAGAUGAUUUAGUAAAUUUGCAGUUUCUGAACACUUGCAGUGUGAAGGAAUUCACUGCCAUACCCCAGAAAGAGCAGGAGGUCAUUUAUUCAGAUAACUCGGGUUAUAUUGACUCUUAUGUGAUGAUGUCUCCACCUGGUAAAGAAUCACAAAGUGUUACUCUCGAACACCAAAGUGUUCAAGACAGCUAUGUAGGACAACUUCCAGUCCCAGUUGAGGUUUUCUUCAAGGAAUCGACUCCAUCAGAUUCUGUUAGCGUCACCAAAUUCACCAAACAGGUCCUGCAAGGAAACCAGGCUAAAGUUGAAAAGGUCUGUGCAAAAGAGCAUGAAGUUAGUAUUUCAUAUGAUGAUUAUUGUAUGCAGGAUAAGUCUGUCUUAAAAACCUCACUGCGUUUUGAUGCACAUCAUGGUUCAGACACGAACAAUAACACAAAGCAACACACAUCUGAGACACCUUGCACUUUACGUAGUUCACCACUAGAACAGGAACUCUGGAAUCAUAUGAAUCCAUCCUUGCAAGAUGGUCCUUCAAAUUUAUCAAACAAUUCUGCCAGCUUCUUUGAAAUGAUGGAUUACAAAAGGGAUGUUUUAAAUCCACUUGAUGUAGAAGAUGCUUCUCAGGGGAAGACAUAUGGAAAAGAUUGCCAGUUGGAGGAAAACAAGGAAAUCAUGGCAGAUCCUACUAUCUAUCCAAUCACAGAUGCUCAUCAUGGACUGAUUCCUUCCAAUUGUCAAAGCUCCAAGUUUUCACAAGCUAGUCCUGUAGAUGGACCUAAAUGUCAGAAGAUCCACCGAGAGCAAAGCCUGCUGCCUCACUCUGACUCAAUCAGUGUUACCAAUGGGUUAGGAAAUGAUGAAUCCGGAAAAGCACCUUUUUGUCCAGAUUCUCUUCAGUACAAAAGUUACCCUUUUAUUGAUGUUAGCAUUGGUACACUAUCAGAUUUGGAGCCCAUUAUGGAGUCAGAACACCCUCAGGAGAGCUCAGACAGUUCGGAGGGAGAACAGAAAGAUGGUACAUCAUCUGUGAAUGAGAACGAAUGCAGCCCUUUACAAAGGGAUGAAAAUGAUGCACUAUACAAUGUCAGGUCUAUGAAAGGAUAUUUUGAUAAACCAGAAGAUGAAGACAGCACUACUCGUCUGACAAAUGGGUAUGAUGGUAAUGAGGAUAUUCCCAAUUCUGCAUCUCCAGAUCAAGACUUUAUCACCACAAACAGUGAAGAAGUUGAUGAUCUCAGUCACGGCCCAAGGGGAAGCAGCUCCAACUCCCCUGGCAGCAACCAAAACUCAUUAAAGAACAAGGAGACCAAGAGCAUGUCUGCAGGGAAAAGCUCAAGGUUCUCUAGGUUCACAAGAAUCUCCUCCUUCCGCAAAAGCAAGAGAGAGUCCAAGGAUGGAAACAAGGUUGAACCUGAGACAAAACUAUCUCCUGAGGUUGGAGAGGAGAGAAAUCAGACACCUAAUCAUAAUCCUACUACAGAUCACUUGACAAACUAUGAGGAUCAAUCUAGUGAUGAUGUCUUUGGGAAAGCCCUUGGUGUAACUUGGAAUGGACAAUCCGGAUCCACGUCCAGCUCCAAGAAUAUGCAACAACAUAACAAAUACAGUGAGCGAGUGCAAAUUAAACCUGUACUUGAUCCCCAAAAGAAGAGCAAGAGCAGCGAUAACUUCCGCAUGAAGCUUGCUCUGGCUCAGAGGUCUCUGUCGAGCUUCUUUGAGAUCAGAACUGGUGAUAAAGACAACCAACAGGAUUCCAACAUGCUGAGCCAGGAUACAAAAUCCAAGCAGCCUUGGAAGAAGAUGAAAAUGACUAAGGAGGCUGAGAUGCUAAAGAGAACUCUGUCUCUUCCUGGGCCAAGUGGUGCCAAGUCCAGACGUCGCCUCCAGAGUGACUUUGUGUCUGGGUUAACUGAGGACUGUCCAGAUCUUCAGGGAUUCCAGAGCUCCAAGGAGGAUUUGAAAAGCACAUCACACCCUGACGCAUCAGUGUCUGGACCUGAGGCGGAGCCUGCUGAGAGGAAAACACUAUCUAAGUGUUUUGAGUCUGUCCAAAGUUAUGAGAACAUCUCAGAGACACUCAUACACCCUACUGUUUUUGCACUUGCUAAUCAGCUAUCUCCAUCCUGGACAAGAUCCCUGGGUUCCUUUGAAGGACUUGAUACGCCAACUAGGCCAAUGACUCCCAAACCACAAAAUCCUGGGGUUUGGAGUCACAGAAGCAGCUUCCGUUACCCCUCAAAAUCCGUAGCCACCUCCUUGUGCUCGCUGGGUGAGGGUUCGAGUUUGGAGGGACUGUCAGAACGUUCACAGAGGCGGACCGAGCAAAGAGAAGCACGAAUUGCACCGGCUCAGUCCUUUGAUUCUGAGUACUUACUUGAAGACAGCAACUCGGACAACCAAUCUCAAACCAGCCUGGUGUCCACCAACUCAGCCACUGAGUCUGAGCCUUCACAGGAUGUCAGUAAAUCAUCUCUCCAGUCAUCUUCCUCGGUGCUCCGUGUCAGAAGAAGCGAUAAGCGUGCGGUCCGACCCAGACCUCUUUCCGACCUCUGCAGCUGGAGUUUACCUCUCCGGGAAAUCGGAGAAACGGUGGUUGAUCCGAUUCAGGAGCAGAACGUCACAGAAAAUUGGAAGGCUAAGGCACAGAAGAGAUCGUGCUCAGAUGAGCUGCUCGGGGAGUUCCAGAAGAUGCAGAAGAUGAAGGUGAUGAUGCAGAGGAGCCUUGGGACGCUGAGCACAACGUCUGAGGAACAGCAGAAAGUGAGGAUGAGACUGCCCUUCACUUCUUCACAGCAGUUGUCCUCCAUGUCUUUUAAAGAUCACUUCUUCUCCCAGAGCACUCCGACUGGACUCGACUGUCUCCACUGGCCACGCCCAGUUUCAUUCUCAGAGUCGUGUCUCAUUCGACCUUCAGAGCACACGCUCAGGCAGCCGGCCGCUCUCGCGUUGGUGAUCACUGAUGGACCUCAGGAUAAAUCGGGUCUGGGUGAUGAGGUGGGCAGUGAAGACGAGCUGUACAACGACUUCCACAUUUCUGCCAAUCGCUUAGGAGGAGGAGAACAACUCGCUAUUAAUGAGCUGAUCAGCGAUGGCAGCGUGUGCGCCGAGGCUUUGUGGGAUCACGUCACCAUGGACGACCAGGAGCUCGGCUUCAAGGCCGGAGACGUCAUCGAGGUGGUGGACGCCACCAAUAAAGAGUGGUGGUGGGGACGAGUGCAGGAGAGCGAGGGAUGGUUCCCCGCCAGCUUCGUCCGGCUGCGUGUGAAUCAGGACGAGCCGCUGGAGGAUGAUGUAGUCCAGGGCGCGGUGGAGAGCGGGGGUGCGGGGGUGGGCGGGUCGUGUGGGCCCGGGUUACCGUGUAAAGAGCAGAUGAGGGCGAAUGUGAUUAACGAGAUCAUGAGCACGGAGAGAGACUACAUCAAACACCUGAAGGACAUCUGUGAGGGCUACAUUAAACAGUGCCGUAAACGGACCGACAUGUUCACAGAGGAGCAGCUCAGGACCAUCUUCGGCAACAUCGACGAACUUUAUCGCUUCCAAAAGAAAUUUCUCAAAGCGCUGGAGAAAAAAUACAACAAAGAGCAACCACACCUGAGCGAGAUCGGCUCCUGCUUCCUGGAGAAUCAAACGGAUUUUCAGAUUUACUCGGAGUACUGUAACAAUCACCCCAACGCCUGCGUCCAGCUCUCCAAGCUGAUGAAGAUGAAGAAGUACGUGUUUUUCUUCGAGGCGUGUCGCCUGCUGCAGAAGAUGAUCGACAUCUCGCUCGACGGCUUUCUGCUCACACCUGUGCAGAAGAUCUGCAAAUAUCCACUGCAGCUCGCCGAGCUCCUCAAAUACACCAACCCUCAGCACCGAGAUUAUAAAGACGUGGAAGCUGCUUUAAACGCGAUGAAGAACGUGGCGCGGCUGAUCAACGAGAGGAAACGCCGUCUGGAGAAUAUCGAUAAAAUCGCUCAGUGGCAGAGCUCCAUCGAGGACUGGGAGGGCGAGGACGUUCUGAGUCGGAGCUCGGAUCUGAUUUUCUCAGGAGAUUUAACCAAAAUCUCACAGCCUCAGGCCAAAGGUCAACAGCGCAUGUUCUUCCUGUUUGAUCAUCAGCUGGUCUUCUGCAAAAAGGAUCUGCUCCGGAGGGACAUUUUAUAUUAUAAAGGACGCCUGGACAUGGACCAGAUGGAGGUGGUGGAUGUAGAAGACGGAAAAGAUAAAGAUCUGAACGUGACGGUGAAGAACGCGCUGAAGUUAAUAUCUCCAGACGGAGCAGAGAUUCAUCUCCUGUGUGCUAAAAAACCCGAGCUGAAGCAGCGCUGGCUCCGAGCCUUCGCCGACGAGAGACAGCAGGUCCAACACGACCGAGACACGGGAUUUUCCAUCACAGACGUGCAGAAGAAACAGGCCAUGCAGAACGUGUCGAAAAAUCCUCCAGCUGGAAAACCCAAAGCGGUGACUCGUCCGUAUUACGACCUGCUGUUGCGUCAGAAGCCGUCGGCGUUGCCCCAGCAGGUCAUCAUGCUCGCCGAACCCAAGCGCAGAAACUUCUGGCACAACAUCGGCCGCCUGACGCCGUUCAAGAAAUAAAACACGAUGCGACGUGCUGCGACGUGCUGCGACAUGCGCUUCACUUUACCACUAAUCAUUAAUCUCCUCCAGCCGGCAUGUGCACAUCAUCGAUUUAUAUACUGCGACAUACUGCGAUAUUUACAGUGCACAUAUUUACAGUUCUCAUAUCAUCCAUAUUUCAGCUCUGAGGCCCGAAGAACGACUCCCAGGGUACUUUUCUUUUUUUUACAGGGAGCGUCGCAUGUGUCCUUCUCCUCGUGCCUGAAUUUGUGUUUCUGUUCAAGAACAAUUUUUGUUUUACGUUUCAACGUGAAUGCACUUUAUGGGUCGGUUACAAUCGAGACUGAAACGGGAGCCAGCCGUCUGUGUUUCAUGAUUAGCACGAGGGCUAGAUCUGCUAACGCACCACGGCUAGCGCGACUCCUGCUGCACAUCAUGCGACAUGCUUCUGUUACCGAUUCCUGAACCUUUUUUUCUAAAUUUAUUUUCACGUCCAAAACUGGAUUUUCUACGUCAUUUGAUACGUGUGUGAUGAUACUGUUCUUUUGAUGUUUAAAAAAAUAGGGUCAAACAUCGAUUUCACACUGUUUCAAUGAUUACUGUAUUGUUUUUAUUUUUAAAGUGACAGUUUAGCCAAAAAUGAGUUGUACACAAACAUCCUGAUUUUAUUUCUGCCUGAACUGUCGCGAUAGUGUUUUCAGGUUUGUGCAUCGUCCUCAUUUGCAUAAUAACUCGUCUAGAACUCUUCUGAAGUGCCACUCGCAGAAAAAAAAGACAAAAAAGAUAAAAACGAGUGGCCUGAACAUGAACUGCUGUGAAAGGCGACGUUGUUGGACACUUUCGACCCGAAUGAGUGAUCUGAUCGCUCUGUGUAAAUGUAAAUAAAGGGGUUUCACUGAUAAAACAGUGUUAUAAUGAUAAAUAAACUCUGUUUAACGACGU